AUGGAGAGAGUUUGCUGCAUGUGCGGCGACGUCGGUUUCUCCGACAAGCUCUUCCGCUGCCGCCACUGCCACAACCGUUUCCAACACUCCAACUACUAUAGUGAGUCAGCGGAGCCGACCGAGACAUGCGACUGGUGCCGGAGCGACGACCUGAAACUGACCAGACAUGGAGGUUCUUCUUCUUCUUCAAAGAAGCCUUCUAAUUCCUCCGUCGGCUACGAGAAUGGGUUCACAAACCGGUCGGAAUACUCAUCCGGCGGGGGGAUCAAGCAUAACAAUAACCGUCAAGAUCAAGUGGCCAAGAGCGUUGCCGGAGCUGGAGGGGGAGUGCCGUCGCCUAGGACCGCCACACGAAGGUACAAGCUCCUCAAGGAUGUCAUGUGUUAG